UCAUAUUUGCUAACAAUUUUCCUAUAUUUCGAAUUUGACUAGCAAUAAGUGUACUGUAGCUACAAGUUCAGGGUCAAAGGACUUCAGGGACGACAACAGCAAGCAAGGAUGAGUUCUUCGGAUGAGGAUGAUUUCCAUGAUUUGAAGACCUAUUUCUCAAAGAUGGAAUGGACCCAUCUAGUGAAAUGUGAGAAAGUGCGGUACAGAAACUUGAAGAGGAACCACCUGGCUAUGCUUACUAUAGGGCUGAACUCCCCAGUACCUGCGUUUAUGAGGAGAGGCAGACCUAAAUUGUUGAACACUGCUCCGCUUUUUGCACCCAGCGACUCAGAGGAGGAUGAGUGGACCCCUCGACUGGAAAGAUGCCCACCAGCAUCCCGGAGCUUCCGACGCCCAACCAGGAAACCAGCAUCUCAGGGAGUCCCUCAGCCUGACAAACCUGCUACACUUACAGUACAGCCCUGA